UCAAAAUGGGAGUGAAAACUCUCAGGAAAACAAUGUGAAAAGCCAAAUUUCCCAUUGUAAGGAUGAAGAAAAUAUUCGUUAUGAUCGUGUAAUACAUACACAGAAAUGUUUACCAAGAAAUCUCAUCAAGAUGUUAAGAAAUCGACAGUCAAAAUACAGGAUUCUAAAAAGGAUUCUGCAACCCGAUUAAAACACUUAAAAAUCGUUUUAGAGCAUAUCGACGCGGAUGAAGCCAAAACAUACUUUGAAGCCAACUUCAGCCAUGUGUAUUUUAUAUUAUAUGACAACUUUAUCCAAGCAGAAAAUAACCUUCGCCAAAGAGAACUUCCGUUCCAUCUUGUUCAUAAAGCCGGAAGAGAAGAGCUAGAAGGGGCUUUGUCCCUUCUAGAGAAAGUAUUAUGCCUCCUGCCGGAGCUGAUCGGGAAGAGAUGGCAGCUGCACUCGCUGACCAGGAUCUUCUCAAAGCUCCUCCAUAGUGGCAACUCACAGAAGUUGCGAGCAGAAUCAAUUAGGUAUUUCCUGCUCUGGUAUCAAGCGCUCGGCGACAAUGCGCCAGUGGAAGUUCACAAAAUGUUUGCUUCCCUGGUGCCAGGCCUGCCCGAACCUUGCAUACUACCAAGCGGCUCACCACUCAAAGGAAAACCUGACCCCAAUGCCCCAAACGACUCCGGAGACUUCAGCAUGGAGGAUAUACUGCACCAUCCGAAUUUUAGCUCGACCACAGAUAAUGCCAAAAAGGUUGUAGUGGAGCAAACAACUACAGGGUUCAUGGGGAAACUAGCGAACGUUUCAGCAUCGAUAUUUCAUGACACGAACGCUUUAAACCCAGUCCAAUGCGUGGAGGUUCAACCGCUACUGCCACCAAGUGCCAAUGAAAAAGCUAUUGACAAUGAAACAAAGCAUUUCUUUGAAAUCUUACUGGAAGGAAUGGCGUCUUCGGUGACGAAGAUCCAUUGGAAGGACCGAUCGCACGCGAAGUGUAUGAGAAGUUUUGCGUUCAUGUUGGAGAGAUUUAAGAUGUAUUAUUUGCCUGUCAUCUGCCCGCAGUAUAAUAGCAAGAAUUCUUUGUAUAAACCGAAUUUAGAAUUACCAGUCCAACAUAACAUACUCGAUGAUGAUUACGUACUAUGCCGCGUGACGCUCAUCAAAUGGGUAGCGAACUACGCCCACUUCCUCAAGAAGACCGGCAGCGAUGGCGGCCAACCAUCAUCAAUGACCAGCACAGGGUCACAUGUGCCACAUUCGAAUACACCAACACCAGCGGCUUCUCUACAUCAUGAGGAGGAAACUUCGUUUACUGUAGGGCAACCUUCGGACUCCAGCAGAGCUUCAUCUCAUGAUUCUGCGUCUAAUACACCACACCCUAGUUUAGAACCAGGUUGUCCAGCAGAAGAACUAUGUAGUUCUGCAGUAGUUCGCGACGUUCUAUGUGGCUGGUCGCGCGAACACGUCGACUUCACAAUAGAAGUGCUGCGACAAGCUUUCCUGCUGCCGUUCGCACAUGCUGGCGCCUCGCGAAGGGUUAUCGCGCUUUAUAAGGACUGGAUACAAAUGAACGUAUCAGAAAUCCCACCCUUCCUGCUAGAGAACACAUAUGAGCCAAACGAACCCGCAGCGCCUCCGCGACGAUUACGGAACGAUUCGUACCUCGGUGCCGUAGGACGGGAUAAUGUUAUGGUGCGCGCUGGCUUGCAGAACAUUCUGCAAGUAUUUAUGACGCAAGCGGCUAACGUGUUCCUAGCGAGUUCCUCGCCAGUAGCGCCGCCUGGCGGGCUGGGGCAGCAACAGCUGCUAGAAGAACAGACGGACACGUGCAAACGAGUGCUCAAUAUCUACCGCUACAUGGUCAUGCACGUCGCUAUGGACGCCGGCUCGUGGGAACAACUACUGUUUGUGUUGCUUCAAAUUACGUCACUUGUACUUACCAAAGUACCACCAAAGAGAAAACAAGAAUCGCUAGGAGGAUUUUUAGCACCAGCGUUAUUCCAAACGUUAAUUGUGACAUGGAUAAAAGCAAAUUUGAACGUGGCGGUGAAACCAGAGUUGUGGCAGAACUUCAUGGAGCUACUCACGAGGUUGACGCAUUGGGAGGAGUUAAUUACAGAAUGGGCGAAAACAAUGGAGACCUUAACUCGAGUGCUAGCCCGGCACGUAUACUCUCUGGACCUGUCGGAGAGCAGCGACGCGCGCGGGCGCGGGCGCGGGCGCGACGGGCGCGACGCGCGGGCCGAGCGCCGCGCCGCCGCCGCCCCCGCGCCGCUGCGGCAAGCUCCGCCUCCGCAGCAGCCCGAGGGACGAGCGCUGGGCAAAUCGCCAAAGCUGUCGGCCGGUGCGACCAGGAGAGCAGAGACUGGCGCACGACGGUUGACGCGGGCGCGCUCCGACCCGCACCUGCACAAACACAUGCCCACCGUCACACACACAGCAGAAGAAACCAAAGAACCAGCCAGCAACAACAAACCCCGGAGAUGGUACUCGCUCGACUCGCUGCGGCAAUCGUCGCAACACGAAGAGCGCGACUCCGCUAGUGAAUCUCGAUCCCCAUCGCCGGCUCCAUCGAGCGGCGUGGAAAGCAGCUCGAUAAAGGAUUCGCCGCUACAGAUAGACUUAGCGUCUGACGGCGGGAAUGUCGAGUGGUCAGAAAACGAAACGACCGACAGCCUAGCCGGGUCAGCCGGCGUCGGCGUGGUGAUGGGCGGCGGCGCUCGCGGCUGGCUGCCCGACGUGGCCGCCGUCAUGUGGCGCCGCAUGCUGGCCGCGCUCGGCGACCCCAACCUGCUGCGCGACCCGCAGGCCCACAAGAACCUCUACAAGUACCUCAUACACCUCAACACUACUCUACUGAAGAUAAGCCAAAACCAAACGCUAAAUGGCAACACGGAGAUCCACGUGCCUUUCAACCUGGUGGCGGGAUGGUGCCUCGAGGCUGAGGCGCUGCCGCCUUCGCACAGGGCUGGCAAACUGCUGGCAUUGCGACUGCUAUGCGAGAGUACGCAAGCGCAGGCGCAAGGCCCGGGGGCGCCGUCCUCGUGCAACAACCGGCUACAUCUCGCACACCUUAACCUGUACCAGCGCGCACUCCACCAUGGUCUAACGGGCGAGGACCGGUCCGUGGUCGACGUGUUGGUCGAGUACGCCGCACCGCGCUAUCUGUCCCUGGCUCUCGACGGCUACUCGCUGCUGCUGCUCGACUUCGUGCACGCCUCCACGGUCGUGCUCAACUCCUCCGACAUGGGCCCCACGUGUCCGCGAACGGCGGCGGUGACAUUCCUUGGCUCGCUGCUCGCGUUGCCAGACGCCCUCAUGAACGCGCCCAUGUUACAACCGUACCCACAUCAAUACAACACCGUAUCAUGCCCAGAUCUGAAGGAACACGUGCUAAACAUAGUGGUCCGCGUGUGUCGCCGAGAAGGCGCGGGCGCGGCGCGCUGCUGCGGCGCCUGCGCGCUCACCGCGCACGCGUGCCGUCUGCUCGCCGCGCGCCAACACUGCCCAAGGCUGCCCUCCAUCGUCACCUGUCUGCUGCAGAUGCUGAUGAUGAAAAACAAGCACAUCGCGAAAGUGGUCAGCGACUGCAUACUGGUAUUAGCGGACUACACAGACCACAUAGUUGAAAUGUAUCCGGGACUCGCUGGUAAAAUAAUUAAAUGGAUCUGCGCAUGUUUGGCUCAACUCGCGAGCAGUAGCGGACGCGAUUCAGUGAAGCCUUUGGCUGGAUCGCUACUCCUAUGCCUCGCCGAGUUCGCCGUGCGGUGUGGCCCUACGUAUCUCAUGCAAGAGAAAGAAGGCGACCAGACGCUGUUACUUAUUAUAUUCAAGGUGCUAUACGCUGUAAUGCGAGGGACCAAUACCGAAAUCGAAGGCCUGUCACUACCAGUGGACGAGGACUUUGACCCCAACAUCCAGCCUGGACAAGACAACCUGGGCCAGAAGACCGCUCCGGCUUCCACCAUAGACGUGAAGCUGUGGGCGCAAACCAUCUGCACUCAACUGGUGCUGUUCCUCGGUCACUGGCCGCUGUGGAGCAGCUGCCAGCUGUCGUGCGGCGUGGGCGAGCAGCACGACAGCUCGCCCUCGCUGGGGCCGGAGCUGGGCGCCGCCGUGCUGGGCGCGCCGCACGUGCAGCUGCUGCGGCUCAGCGACGCCACGCUCGCCUCGCUCGUCGAGCUGCCCGCGCUGCCGCCGCCGCCGCCCGCGCCCGCGCCCGGUCUAGCGACGUCAGACCGGCAGGUGCGCGUGUUGCUCCGCGACAUCGCGGGCAAGGCGUGCUGGGACGCCUCGGCGCUGUACUACGACCCCUCCUACAGCGCGGAACAAGAGCCCGAACCGCUGCCUUUACCCGAAAGCGUGGAGAGUCCGCGAGACAACACGUUGUCAUCAUUGCCGCCACCGUUGCCGCCGGAUCUGUUGCCAGACUACCAAAAUUGUCCGCCGGAUAAACACCAGUUGGAUCACGUGCUAGCCUACAUCGGUCACACGUCACCGGAAGUAGUAGACGGCCGAAGACUGGACGAGGCCGGACCUUCUCCGCUGCCUCCAGGAGCCGAGGACGAGCUGGUGGCCGCGCUGGUCGCGCACCGGAACGCCGAGCGGCACUACCUCGCCACUAGAGAGAGUGACGAAGAGCUAGAAAUACCAGAGAGAACCGACAGCGGGUCAGCGGGCCCGUUCUCCCAAUGUCGGCUGCUACUGGCGCAGUUGGGCACUUUGGCGCCGUCGAGACGUGCGCAUGCGCAGUUGCUGCGUCGUUCCGAACGCCUGCUGAGAGAACUGAGGAAUCUGGAUGCACAGAGGUGUCGAGAAACUCACAAGGUAGCGGUGAUCUACGUGGGCAAAGGGCAGGAGACCCGCAACGAGAUCCUCUCCAACCGCUGCGGCAGCCCCGCCUACGAGGCCUUCCUGGCUGCAUUGGCGUGGGAGGUGGAGCUAGAAAGUCACGUGGGCUUCACAGGAGGUCUGCGCGGCGGCGGCGGCGCCACGGCGCCCUACGUGGCCACGCUCACGCUCGAGGCGCUGUUCCACGUCGCCACGCGCAUGCCCGCCGACUCGCCCGACGCCAUCCUCAACAAGACGCGGCAUCUCGGCAACGACGAAGUCCACGUAGUGUGGAGCGAGCACUGGCGAGCCUACAAGAGAGACACUUUACCCACACAGUUCUGCGACGUAUUAAUAGUUCUGUAUCCGCUGUCGGCUGGUUUGUUGCGAGUCACCGUCUCGAGGAAGCCGUCGGUGGCGGUAUUUGGACCUCUAUGGGAGGAAGGUAUUGUGAGUGUUGAGUGCUGUGCGGCCUUAGUCGGCGCCGCCACUGCCGGCGGCCGCGCCGUGCGCGCCACUAUGCCUCUGUAUCAACACGCUUAUUCAGAGAGAGCGAGAAGUUUGCAACAACUAGUGCAACAUCAUACGCAGCCGGCUACGUUCGAGCACUUUGUGGAGCGAGUGCGCGAGCCUGUGCCAGCCGUCACACAGCCACAAGAACAAAACACCGGUCGGCUAGCGGCAGCGCUGCUCGACGCGGGCGCCGCGGCGGCGUGGGGCGGCGGCGACGGCGCCGUGUCCCCGCGCGCCCGCCGCGCCGCCGCCCUCCGCCGCCUCGACCCCGCGUCCGCGCCCGCCCCCGCCCCCGCGCCCAGGAAGCACCGAGUGUCCCGAUAUCCUGUCCUGUAAUUGUUGCACGUUGCACCGCCCGAUCGUUCUGUGCCGUUUGCAUGAAACCGACACAUAAUACUUCUUACGAACUCGAAUUCUUCUCUAAUAGAUUUCACAUUCUAAAUGAGCAUGUGGCCAAAUGCAUAUGCAUAAUC